AUGUCGGAGGAGGCUGCAACCACUCCACCCGUCAUAGCUGAAAAUGGGGAAAAAUCGGCGGAAACUGAAGUCACAUCGAAAAUGGCCGAUGUGAAGAUAGAAGAGAAGGUGGAGGAGAAGAAGGAAGAAGUGAAGGAAACCGCCGAUAGUUUUCCGCAAGGCGACCAGGACGUGAAGAGUGAUCCGAGAGAGAAUGGGGAUGACGGCUUCCAUACUCCGGAAGCAACCGAUGAGGUGCAGAAAGAGGAUGCCAUAAAGGAGAACAAAGAAGGUGAGACCAAGCUUGAUGACGAUGAAAUCGAGGACAAUCCUGCGUACAUUCCCAGAAAAGGCAGAUAUUAUAUGCACGACUCUCGUGAUGCUGAGGAAGAAGUAGAGGAGGAAAAAAGAACCAGUAGAGCCGAUGGGACCUGGAAACAUGAC